GCACGUGCGUCCGCCGCGGCACACGUCGCCGUCGUCGCGCCGCCCGCCCGCACGCGGCACACACUACGCUACGUCGCGCUGACAUGCACUGCAAAAACUCGCACAAAACUAACAAUAAGUAAUCGCGUUGUGACUUGUGAAUGUUACGUGUUACUAGUUUCGCUAGUUAUACUUCCGACUUGUAGAUCAAAAGUACACCUAACUAUUUAUAGCGUCGUCUGAAAGUAUUUAGUGACUAUUUGUACCAUUCGGUAGCGGCCUUGUGCGUUAUCUUGUAUCGUGCCGGUGAAAGCUUUCACGUUCCCCACCUUUUCAGUUUACGUUUAUAAUGUGAUUGUUGUUGUAGUGUAAUAUCUCGAUAUAGUGUCGAGUGUAGCCUUAUACGAGUAACAAAAUACAGUAACGAUGUGCCUUAUCGUGUAAUAAUCACGUGUUCGUGGGAAUAUUGUGUCCGUUCGUUGUAUGCGCGUGAUUCACUGCUUGAACGAUGCAAUGUCUCAAGCUUGUGCUGCUAUUCGCGCUUAUUGUGUUCCCGGAACCCGCGCCCGCCUGGAGAGGUGACAUAGUCAAAGCAUGGGCAAGAACCUUGGGAAAUGAGCUGUGGCGUCUUAGUGAAGCUUUGACCAAAUCAGACCAAAUAAGAAUCAAAUACAAACAAAUGAACGCGAGCGUGAAGAAAAAAGAUGGAAAGCACAUAUUAGAUUCUUCUUUGAGUUCCGUGAGCACGAUGCUCACGAGAAAAAUCAAAGCCGUAAAGUGCAUCCAUGCAACGGCACAGAAAUUAGCUAGAGAGUUUAACUACACCGUAGCUGAGGACGAAAAUUAUAAUUUCUCGUACUGUUCGGCCAAAUAUUCUCAAUUUAGGUACGAAGAUGGUACAAUCGUAGACGACAGUGACAAACCAGGGUCGUACAUACCUAAAUUUGCUGUAAAUAAUUCCAAUUAUAUGGAUGUAUCAUUAGAAAAAGAUUCGCAUUUUUAUGAUAUUAGCGUCAAUACAAAUAUAAGUUGUGUACAUGUUCCAACAAAUAUAUUUUAUAAAGAAAGUAAACCUCUAACCGCAAUACUGUGGUCUAAGGAUCUCAAUGAAAUUUUCACAAAAAAUUAUCAAUCCGAUCCAUCCCUCUCGUGGCAAUAUUUUGGAAGCUCGCACGGUAUAUUAAGGUUUUAUCCUGGAAUGCCCUGGAAUAAAAAUGAAGUCGAUACCUACGACUGCAGAGUAAAACCUUGGUACAUUGAAGCUGCAACGUGUUCUAAAGACGUUAUUAUCCUGUUUGAUGUAUCAGGGUCAAUGACAGGGUUCAAGAAUUAUGUAGCGAGGAGAACUUUACAUUCUCUCUUGGAUACAUUAUCUAACAACGAUUAUGUCAACGUAUAUACGUUUAAGAAUACAACUGCAGAAGUAAUAGCAUGCUUUACAUACUUGGUACAAGCAACUCCUGAAAAUUUGAAGACGAUCAAAGACAUACUAGAGCCGACUGACGAUGGAAAGACGCAUAAAGUACCUCUAGAAGGCAACGCUAAUCUAACUGAGGCUUACAUUAAAGCUUUUACUACAUUGAAAGAGAGAAGAGAUGAGAUGAGAUGCAAUGUGAGCAGCACACAAGGCUGCAAUCAACUGGUGAUGGUGAUCACUGAUUAUGUACCUGGAAAUCUUACUGAAGUAUUCGAAGAAUAUAACCGAGAGGUGGUCGGUGGAAACACCUAUAUACCUGUUCGGGUAUUCACUUAUCUUAUCGGAAAGGAGGUCACAAAUGUACGGGAGAUACAAUGGAUGGCGUGUCUGAAUAGAGGUUUCUUCGUACACAUACACUCCGUGGAAGAGGUGCAACAGCAAGUACUAAAAUACAUCAAUGUCAUUGCUCGUCCGAUGAUCCUCGAAGGCGAGAAGCCACCACCUACCUGGACCCACGCUAAUAUUGACUAUACGCGAACGACCAAAUGGGACGUCAGCGAUGAUGCAGUCAAGCCAGACGAAGACAAGCUGGUAACAUCGGUGGCGAUACCAGCAUUUGACUUCAAAUACAAUGAAGAGAAUAAUGACGCUAUGCUGCUGGGGGUGGCCGGUACGGAUGUGCCCAUAGACAGUAUCGCGAAACUAGCUCAGCCUCAUCAGCUUGGCGUCAAUGGAUAUUCCUUCAUUGUGAGCAACAAUGGUUAUUUACUCCUACAUCCAUUAUUGAAAACAACUAUAAAUGACGAGUUACAAGAUAACUACAACAGCGUAGAUUUCGUGGAGGUGGAGCAGGUGGACGACGGGAAGGGGGCCCGGGAGCUCGGCGACGAGAUCAAAACGUUGAGGGAGAGCCUAGUGGAUGGCGUCAGCGGUGACAUGAGGGAAGUCAAAGUGCUUUUCCACUAUGACGACAUGAGGAGGAUUGCUCGAGUGAAACAUGAUUACUUCUUCAACAAAUUGGAAGGUACACCUUUUUCUAUGGGCAUUUCUUUACCAAAAGGGUAUGGGGAUACGGAACUUUUGCUCAAGGAUAACCCCCUAGAGGCGAAACAGGGGAAGGAACUGACGGGCAUCAACGUCACGGAUUACUUCAGAUUUAGCUACAGAGUACAUCCCGAUUGGGUAUACUGCAAGUAUCAUUAUUUAGAAGGCCACGAAUCGAAAAAUCCCGAGGAAGAGAUUUGGAAGUUUCUGGUAAAUUUGUCGAAGAAUCAAAUUGAUAUUACAAAGAAGCAGUAUAUAGAAGAGGCGGAGACUGAUGAUUUUGAUGUCGAAACUCAUUGCGGAAACGCUACAACGCAACUUGGCAAAGAUGAUUAUUACUGCAACGAAGACUUGGUCAAGCAAUUGGUAUUCGAUGCUAAGUUGACAACUCCCUAUUUCAACACAUGGAGUAGGAGUGACGAGGAAUUGGAACUCGCGAGGAAGUACAAUGUCAGCGUCCGUUUCAUUGCUACGUCAAGUGGUUUGACUAGAUGGCAUUAUAUUUUUGAUUCAGAUAAAAACGAAGUAGUCGACGAUUUCGGAAACAGAUUGAAAAAUUCUACCAAAAAAGUUUUUGGAGACAAAAAUAAACUUGCUAUCGAAGAGACCUGGUACAAAGCAGCAGUACUACAGCAUAUGAUAAACAAGGAAUCCGUAGUUAUAGCCACGCCUUUACCUAUUUUGGACGAGAGUAUCAAAAAGAGACCAUCUGUGCUAAACAAAGAUGGAGAUAUAACAGUGACGUCCAGUUAUGCAAUUUUCUACAAAGACGGCGAAUCUGAGACUCCAGCAUCAGUUGUCGGCUUCCAAUAUUCAUAUUUGAAAUUUCAAGAGAGAUUCCAAGAAAUAACAAAUGAAACAUCGGAAAAGGAGUUUACAUGCAACGGAGAUAAUUACGACUGCUAUGUCAUAGACAGUUCUGGUUACGUCGUAUUAUCAAGGCAAAAAGAACAAAUAGGCCAGUUCUUCGGAGUCAUAGACUCGAACACGAGACACGUGCUACAGUCGUUUAUAGACAAAUCGAUAUUUGAACAUGUGGAGGUGUUCAACUAUCAGGCUUUAUGUCCUUACUAUAUGUUAAAACAGCCGAACAGUGCCUGGACAGUAGCGACGCCUUUUAGUACAGCUACGAAUUUCUUCCGUUGGUUAUUAGCAGAGGCUAUGUUGAUUUUAUCCGAUGUUACAAAUUGGAAUUGGAAAGUGUUCGCUUUGGAUGACGACUAUAGCGAUCUAAUCAACCAAGAGCCCACAGAGGAGCCCACGACAACCAAUCCACCGCCGUCGGAAAACGAAACCAUACCAGCCCAAGAGGAAGAGGACAAACCGUUCUCUUGUGAUCACCGCAUCAGUCUAUACAUUUUGAAACAAGAAUAUAUCUUAGAAACUAUGGGAGCAUCGCCAGUGGUCUAUGAGGACCGACCCGGUGCUUGUCAUCCGGCGUAUUGGGCGUCUCACGUGUCUAAAACAAACUUGCUACUGGUUGUGGUGGAAAGCGGGAUGAGGGAAUAUGGGAGGAACUGCAGCAUACCCCCAGACACGAAGCCGCAGCCAACUGUCGAUUCCACGACUAGUCGGGAGCCGUGCCACAAGUUGGACUUGGGACAUCUGAAACGCCGUCGGCUGGAAGGAUGUUUUACCUACCAUAUAGGGGAAAGAAAUAUAACAGCUUGCGGUAUCGGUAGUACGACUAAGAUGGACAAACUGGUGUUGGUUAGCACAGUUCUAGUCGCGGCGCUGACCUAUCUCAAGCACUCCCGAUGACCACUCCUCGAUGAUCACAUAAAAUACAUAUUUGUACCUUUGUUACUUUCGCAAUAAAAUUGUUGCACCUUUA